GACGCGACUAUGGUGGUAUCUUGCGUUGCCUGCUAAAUUUCGACGGUUGCACAAGAUACACCGCAACAUGGCCAAACUCAGCUCUCUUCUCCAUCUUCUUGCUGCUUCUGUUGUUCUUGCCAUCUCCGUCCUCCUUGGCCAUGGCGUCCUCCAUGUUGGAGCCUCUCGCAGUGUCCACAGGAAUUUGCAGACCACUGUUGAGUCCACCUCUGCGAUGCAGCCUUACAGGACAUCUUAUCAUUUCCAACCUCCCAGCAACUGGAUGAAUGAUCCAAAUGGGCCGAUGAUUUACAAGGGCAUAUACCAUCUGUUUUACCAAUACAACCCGAAAGGCGCGAUCCCGGGCAACAUCGUCUGGGCCCAUUCCACGUCGACGGACCUUGUGAACUGGACCCCACACGUCCCUGCCAUCGUCCCAUCUGAGGAAUACGACGUCAAUGGCUGCUGGUCGGGGUCGGCCACCAUCCUCCAGGAGCACAAGCCGGCCAUCCUGUACACCGGAGUUAACCGCCAGAACCAGCAGGUCCAAAACCUGGCGGUGCCCAAGAAUUUAUCAGACCCGUAUCUGAUAGAAUGGGUGAAGUCACCCCAAAAUCCUCUGAUGGAACCCACGGCCAUCAACAUGAUCAGUCCAGACUCAUUCAGAGACCCCACCACUGCAUGGGUGGGCCCUGAUGGGGGGUGGAGGGUGAUCAUCGGGAGCCGAAGCAACAGGACGGGAAUGGCCAUUUUGUACAGAAGCGAAGACUUUGUUAACUGGACCAAGGCUGGGCACCCGCUUUACUCUGCCAAUGACACUGGGAUGUGGGAGUGCCCAGAUUUUUUCCCCGUCUCUGCGCAAGCCCCCGUUGGCUUGGACACCUCCAUUAAUGGGCCAAAUGUUAAGCACGUGCUCAAGGUGAGCUACAGUCAGCAGGAUUACUACACUAUUGGGACUUAUAACUCCAUCACGGAUACGUACGUUCCCGUUGAGGGAUCAGUAGAUAGCAACUCGGGGUUGAGAUACGAUUACGGCAAGUAUUAUGCUUCCAAGACCUUCUUCGACAGCAAGAACAACCGGCGGAUCUUGUGGGCUUGGAUCAAAGAGUCGUCGAGUGAAGAUGAUGAUAUCAAUAAAGGAUGGUCUGGAAUCCAGGCCAUUCCGAGGACCCUUUGGCUAGACAAAUCUGGAAAACAGUUAGUGCAGUGGCCCAUAUUGGAAAUAGAGAAGCUACGUACCAACCAAGUAGAUUUGCCCAACCAAUUGAUCGAGGGAGGAGCAAUUCUUGAAGUGUCUGGUAUUACAGCUGCACAGGCAGAUGUGGAGGUCUCAUUUGAAGUAAAGGAGCUCGGGAAGGCAGAAGUGUUAGACCCAACUUGGACCGACCCACAAAUGCUAUGUAGCCGAAAGGGCGCUUCAGUUAAAGGUAGUCUUGGACCAUUUGGAUUGCUGGUCAUGGCUUCAAAAGGACUGCAAGAAUACACAGCAGUUUUCUUCAGAAUUUUCAAAGGCCAGAACAAAUAUGUUGUCCUCAUGUGUAGUGAUCAGAACAGAUCUUCCAUUAACAAUAGCAAUGAUAAGACCACUUAUGGAGCAUUUCUGGAUGUGGACCCUCUUCACGAGAAGCUGUCGUUGAGGACCUUGAUUGAUCAUUCUAUCGUGGAGAGCUUCGGAGGCGGAGGGAAGAGCUGCAUCACGGCCAGGGUAUACCCUGUAUUGGCCGUGGAAGAUGGAACCCACUUGCACGUCUUCAACAAUGGCACUGAGAGUGUUGGAGUGCCGAAGCUGAGUGCUUGGAGCAUGAAGAAAGCUAGAAUCAAUUGAUUAAGACAGGGCAUUUCGAUUAACCGUAAGAGGUGCUGCGUCCAUACCCACCUCAGUAGAUGAAUAAGCAUUCUUCAGCAGAAGAACCUGUAAUGCAAUUAAAUGAACGACUUUCAACACCAUAAAUAAUAAUCCGAAACCAAAU